GUAGCUAGGGAGAUCGGCCAAGCAGAGAUCGGCUAUAGGUUAUAGGACAGACAUCUGGCAAGAUCGCGUGGAUCGCUGAGAUCGCAGAGAUAUAUAUGCGUUGCCCCCCACAUUUGGCAAAGGCAAAGGCAAAGCCCCUUCCCCGCUGUGAGCUGUGAGCCGUGUGAGCCGUGGGAGCUGUGAAUAAAUAUGACCAAGAAGUACGAGUUCGAUUGGAUCAUUCCGGUGCCGCCGGAGCUGACCACUGGCUGUGUCUUCGAUCGUUGGUUCGAGAACGAGAAGGAGACCAAGGAGAAUGACUUUGAGCGCGAUGCCCUCUUCAAGGUCGACGAAUAUGGAUUCUUUUUGUACUGGAAGAGCGAGGGUCAGGAUGGCGAUGUCAUCGAGCUGUGCCAAGUGAGCGACAUUCGUGCGGGCGGCACCCCCAAGGACCCCAAGAUACUGGAUAAGGUGACCAAAAAGAACGGAACCAACAUACCGGAGCUGGACAAACGAUCUCUCACCAUAUGCUCGAACACGGACUAUAUCAAUAUAACAUAUCAUCAUGUUAUCUGCGCCGAUGCGGCAACAGCCAAGAUCUGGCUAGAUGGCAUCCGAAAAAUCACCCAUAAUGUCAAAGCGAAUAAUAUCUGUCCCAUGAUGUGUCUGAGAAAACAUUGGAUGCGAUUGAGCUAUUGCGUGGAGAAGAGCGGCAAGAUACCGGUCAAGACGCUGGCCAAGACAUUCGCCUCGGGCAAGACCGAGAAGCUGGUCUACACGUGCAUCAAGGAUGCGGGUCUGCCGGACGACAAGAACGCCACCAUGACCAUGGAUCAGUUCACCUUCGACAAGUUCUAUGCCCUGUACCACAAGGUCUGUCCCCGCAACGACAUCGAGGAGCUCUUCACGUCCAUUACCAAGGGUAAACAGGACUUCAUCAGCAUGGAGCAGUUCAUACAGUUCAUGAACGACAAGCAGAGGGAUCCGCGCAUGAACGAGAUCCUCUUUCCGCUCUACGAGGAGAAGCGCUGCACGGAGAUCAUCAACGACUAUGAGCUGGACGAAGAGAAGAAGAAAAGCGCUCAACUUUCCCUUGACGGAUUCAAGCGCUAUCUGAUGUCCGAUGAGAAUGCGCCCGUGUUUUUGGAUCGGCUGGACUUCUACAUGGAGAUGGACCAGCCACUGGCCCACUACUACAUCAACAGCUCGCAUAACACCUACUUGUCCGGCCGACAGAUCGGCGGCAAGAGCUCCGUGGAGAUGUACCGCCAGACUCUGCUCGCUGGCUGUCGGUGUGUGGAACUCGACUGCUGGAAUGGCAAGGGGGAGGACGAGGAGCCGAUUGUCACCCACGGUCAUGCCUACUGCACGGAAAUUCUCUUCAAGGACUGCAUCCAGGCCAUCGCGGAUUGCGCCUUCGUCUCGUCCGAGUAUCCGGUGAUCCUGUCCUUCGAGAACCAUUGCAACCGGGCCCAGCAGUACAAGCUGGCCAAAUACUGUGAUGACUUCUUUGGGGAGCUGCUGUUGAAGGAACCCCUCUCAGAUCAUCCGCUCGAUCCGGGCCUGCCGUUGCCGCCGCCGUGCAAGCUGAAGAAAAAGAUUCUCAUCAAGAACAAGCGCAUGAAGCCCGAUGUGGAGAAGGUCGAGCUGGAGCUCUGGCUGAAGGGCGAGCUGAAGACCGAUGAUGAUCCCGAGGAGGAUGCCAGUGCCGGGAAGCCGCCAGAGGCAGCGGCCGCUCCCGCGCCAGCUCCCGAAGCGGCAGCCGCCGCCGAUGGUGCUGCCGAGGGGGGUGGCGGUGCCGAGGCGGAGGCAGCGGCGGCCAACUACAGUGGCUCCACCACCAAUGUACAUCCCUGGCUCUCAUCGAUGGUCAAUUAUGCGCAGCCCAUUAAGUUUCAGGGCUUCGAUAAGGCAAUUGAGAAGAACAUUGCCCACAACAUGUCCUCGUUUGCGGAAUCGGCGGGCAUGAACUACCUGAAGCAGAGCUCCAUUGAUUUCGUCAAUUACAACAAGCGCCAGAUGUCGCGCAUCUAUCCGAAGGGCACCCGGGCGGACUCCUCGAACUACAUGCCGCAGGUGUUCUGGAAUGCCGGCUGCCAGAUGGUGUCGCUGAAUUUCCAGACCUCCGAUCUGCCCAUGCAGCUGAAUCAGGGCAAGUUCGAGUACAACGGCGGCUGCGGAUACCUGCUGAAGCCGGACUUUAUGCGGCGGGCGGACAAGGACUUCGAUCCGUUCGCCGACGCCCCCGUGGACGGUGUGAUCGCGGCCAUGUGCUCGGUGAAGGUGAUCGCCGGACAGUUCUUGUCGGACAAGAAGGUGGGCACCUACGUGGAGGUGGACAUGUUCGGCCUGCCCUCGGACACCGUGAAGAAGGAGUUCCGCACCCGUCUGGUGCCCAACAACGGCUUGAAUCCGGUCUACAACGAGGACCCGUUCGUGUUCCGCAAGGUGGUGCUGCCGGAUCUGGCCGUGCUGCGGUUCGGCGUCUAUGAGGAAAGUGGCAAGAUGAUCGGCCAGCGAAUCCUGCCGCUGGACGGACUCCAGCCGGGCUAUCGCCACGUGUCGCUGCGCACGGAGGCCAACUUCCCGAUGUCGCUGCCGAUGCUGUUUGUGAACAUCGAAUUGAAGAUUUACGUACCUGAUGGCUUUGAGGACUUCAUGGCCAUGCUGUCGGAUCCGCGCGGCUUUGCCGGCGCUGCCAAGCAGCAGAACGAGCAGAUGAAGGCCCUGGGCAUCGAGGAGCAGAGCGGUGGGGCCGCCCGGGAUGCCGGCAAGGCCAAGGAGGAGGAGAAGAAGGAGCCGCCAUUGGUGUUUGAGCCGGUCACGCUGGAGUCGCUGCGCCAGGAGAAGGGCUUCCAGAAGGUGGGCAAGAAGCAGAUCAAGGAGCUGGACACGCUGCGAAAGAAGCACGCCAAGGAGCGCACCUCCGUCCAGAAGACCCAGAACGCGGCCAUCGACAAGCUGAUCAAGGGCAAGAGCAAAGACGACAUCCGCAACGAUGCGAACAUCAAGAACGCCAUCAACGACCAGACCAAGCAGUGGACCGACAUGAUUGCCCGCCACCGCAAAGAGGAGUGGGACAUGCUGCGCCAGCAUGUGCAGGACUCGCAGGAUGCCAUGAAGGCCCUCAUGCUGACCGUGCAGGCGGCCCAGAUCAAGCAACUGGAGGAUCGUCAUGCCAGGGAUCUGAAGGAGCUUAAUGCCAAGCAGGCCAAGACCUCGGCGGACACUGCCAAGGAGGUACAGAACGACAAGACACUCAAGACCAAGAACGAGAAGGAUCGUCGACUGCGCGAGAAGCGUCAGAACAAUGUCAAGCGCUUCAUGGAGGAGAAGAAGCAAAUCGGCGUGAAGCAGGGACGCGCCAUGGAGAAGUUGAAGCUGGCGCAUUCGAAGCAGGUCGAGGAAUUUGGUACCGAUGUGCAAAAGCUAAUGGAUAUGUACAAAAUCGAGGAGGAGGCCUAUAAGACGCAAGGAAAAACGGAAUUUUAUGCCUAAGUUAUGGCCUGGGUCACAGGUCGCACGGGUCACAGGGCGUGGAGGAGAGGAGGAGAGCACCGACAGAUACAUACCAAAAAAAAAAAUACAACAACAAAAUAUAUAAAUGAUUACAUGUGCAUCGGCAUCGGCAU